AUGGAAAUACUGAGCGACGCAUCUGGGGCGCUCGGUGACGAAAUUGAGCUGGACCUCACCCAGCCGACGACGCCUUCGCCCUCUGUACCGCCGAGUCGUCGUGGCAGUAUUGCAAAUUUUGCAAGACGUGAUUCAAGAGCUGCGACUCCUGUCAGCGCUGAAGCUGUUGCAUCCCUACCAAGGAUCAUGUCGAAAACCACUAUUAUCCAUAGUAGCGAUGAGACGCCGCAGGAAACCUUUGAAAGACUUAUUCGGGGAAUUAAGGAUGGAUCUAUGGAGAAAAGCGAGAUUGUGGACCAGCUAUUUAAUACCGUAAGACUUUAUUGAUA